CUCACACACACACACACACACACACACACACACACACAGACUCACACGCUGGAGAGAGGCAGGCAGAAGAUGGCUGACUGCGCAGGGCAUCGCAGCCCUUCCUCGGCAGCGCGGACCUGGAGCAGGGAGCAGGCACCCGCACGGCGCGCGGCCCCACGCCCGUGAAGCGCGCAGCGCAGGCACGCGCCAUGGCAGAGAUGGAGAAGGAGGGCAGACCCCCCGAAAACAAGCGGAGCAGGAAGCCGGCCCAUCCGGUCAAGAGGGAGAUCAACGAGGAGAUGAAGAGCUUUGCCGAGAACACAAUGAACGAGCUUCUGGGCUGGUACGGCUACGACAAAGUGGAGCUGAAGGACUCGGACGACAUCGAGAUCCGCAACUACCCUGACGGCGAGACCCGCCAGCACAUCUCCGUCCUGAAAGAGAACUCGCUGCCAAAAGCCAAACUGAUGGAGGAAAGCGUCGGGUCGCCAAUGAACGCAAACAGCUCCCAUGCCACGCCCAGCUCACGGAACGGGAUGACGGAGCCGUCCAGCACGCCCUCCUCUUCCUCGACCGGUGCCAAGGAGCACGGGAACAUCCCCAUCAUCGUCCCCCUCAUCCCGCCCCCACUGAUCAAGCCACCAGCAGACGAGGACAUGUCCAACGUGCAGAUCAUGUGCGCCUGGUGUCAGAAGGUGGGCAUCAAGCGCUACUCCCUCAGCAUGGGCAGCGAACUCAAGAGCUUCUGCAGCGAGAAGUGCUUCGCCGCCUGCCGCCGCGCCUACUUCAAACGCAACAAGGCGAGAGACGAAGAUGGACACGGUGAGAAUUUACCCCAGCACAGCUUUUCUAAGGACACACCAAGGCUUGUCUUCAAGAUAAACAGCGAUGUUCUUGUGUGCGACUGGUGCAAACACAUCCGCCACACCAAGGAGUACCUGGACUUUGGGGCGGGAGAGCGCCGCCUGCAGUUCUGCAGUGCCAAGUGCCUGAACCAGUACAAGAUGGACAUCUUCUACAAGGAGACGCAAGCGGCGCUGCCUGGGGGGCUCUGCGGCCCCUCCCUAGACAGCAAGCCCGAGGUGGGCGGGGCCGUGCAGCUGCUCACACCCGAGUCCUGGAACACGCCGCUGAGUGAGCUGCGUCGCCGCGCUCCCUCCCCGGCGGGCUCCAUCCCGGUCCCAGGGCCGUCGGGAUCCAGCUCCGCCUCCCCGUCGGACCCCGCCAUCUCCACCGGCCCCUCGUCCUCCUCCGCCAAGAUCCCCACGCCGGGACCGCGGCCCCACGAGAGCCCCGCGCUGCCGCCGCCCAUGCCCGCCCUGCACCCGCCCCUGGGCGUGCCGCCCGGCAGCCCGCCUGUGGUGAUGACCCACCGUGGCCCCAUGCCGCUGCCCUUCUUCAUGGAGCACCAGAUGAUGCAGCAGAUGCGGCCCCCGUUCCUCCGAGCGCCCCACCCGCCGGGCCCCAACAGCCCGCUGUCUAACCCCAUGAUCCCGGGCAUUGGGCCGCCGCCCCCGCCGCCGCCGCCCCCGCCGCCUCCCCCCCGGACCCUGGGCCCACCUUCGAGCCCUAUGCACAGGCCCCUGCUGUCUCCGCACAUCCACCCGCCGGCCGCCACGGCCGUGCCCCCCCACCCGGCGGCCCACCUGCCCGGCCUCUCCUUCCCACCGGUGAGCGUGCUGCCCAAUGGCCCGCUGCCCAUGCCUCCCGUGGUGAACUUCGGCGUGCCGUCGCUUGCUCCGCUGGUGCCCCCGCCCACCCUGCUGGUGCCCUACCCCGUGAUCGUGCCCUUGCCGGUGCCAAUCCCCAUCCCCGUUCCCAUUCCGUUCAGCCCCAAGGCCUCGGGCGACCGGCCAGGAGACGGUGACGCCAUUCCUAGCGCCUCGGGAGAGGGCAGCGAGUCCAAAGACCCGGGGCUGUUUUCGGCCGGCCCGCCCCAGGGCGAGGGCGGGGAUUCCAAGCAGGGGCCCUCCAGAACCAAUGAGCUGUCCCCGGGCUCCUGCAGACACUCCUCCGGGGCCGAGCGGGACCGCCCCGCCGUGGUCGACCUGACCGUAAAGGCAGAGAGCCCGGGAAGCUCGCACUUAGCCUCGGCCACGCCCCCCGCUCCGCCCCAGGAGGGGGUGAUCGACUUGACGCUUGGGCGCCGAUCGCGGCUGCAGCAGGUCAUCCAGCGGGCGGCGCCAAGCACGCAGGUGAAGGUCGAGGCCCAGGUGGAAGCCUUCGUGGGCGAGUCGGGAGCAGGGCGGGGCUGCGGGGCCGCCGCAGGAGACGAGGACAGAGACGCUCGCAGCCCCCUGGACGGCGUUGCCGUCGCCCUGCCCUGCGGAGACCCCGCCUAUUGCGCUGUCGCCGCCACCAGCACAACUCCGCCUCUUCCUGCACCCGGCCCCCCUCCCAUUGCAGGGGCGGAGCCCAGUCCGGCUACGCCCUGCAACGUCAUCGUCAACGGCACCCGGUCGCCGGACGGCCCCGCGCGGAGAGCAGCCCCGCCCGAGGACCCGGCCCUCAGCGAGCUGGAGUCGGUGAAGGAGAACACGUGUUCGGCCGCGCAGCGCGACACAGGUAAGAGGGCCCCUUCGGAGGAGCCGGGGGCCGGUGGGGACAAACAGGAGACCCGCCCCGCCGACGAGGACCACGCCUACGCCCUGCCCGUGCUGCCCAAGGCUGGCUGUGUCAUCCAGCCCGUGCCAAAGGCCGCAGACAGGACCCCCUGUGACGGCGCCGCCCCCCUCGCAGCCACUGGACCCGCGGAGCUCGAGCCGCCGCUAAAGAGGAGGUGUCUGCGAAUUCGCAAUCAGAACAAAUAGAGGCAAAAGCUGUGAUGGAAAGCAGCCUCUCGCUGAUGGGAUGAGGACAGAUGUGCCACAGCCAGUGCCACAAGCCCCGCCCCGCUGCAUAUAACACCAGCGCCCCCUGCCCCGACACUCUGCGCCCUUAGCCGAUUCCUGCCCCCGACCCCGAUUUCUGACCAAUGGGCGAUCGCCGAGUGCCCGCAGUUGGACAGAGGACAGAGACCCGAUCUGAGAUGGAAGCCCCCUCCCCCCCCCCAGGCCACAGUGCCCUUGUCGAUCCUGCGAACUUUGACCUUCGGCCAAGGUCACGCAUGUUCCUCUCGCAUGGAGUCGACUCGCCUCGUCCCAGAGACAUUCCUCGUCCACCUUGCUCCCGCGUCCGGCCACGCCACUCCGCCGGAGACGGACGUCGGUCUUCGGACUUCCACUCCUACCUGGACCAAAAAGCUCGGAGCGGUGUUGGGGUGCGGUGCGCCAAGAGUCGCGACGCCUCGCGGGCCCAAGGCGCAGCUGCCCGGUGGCUCCGUCCCUCUCUGAUUGGACAUGUGGAUCAACGUGGGGGGCGUCAGCGGGGGAGGGGCGUCUCGUUCUGCGUGGGGUCGGGACAGGUGGUUUCUCUCAGGAUGCCCGCGGAGAGUGCCACCUUGUGGCUUCCUGGGUGGACUGAGUGCCAAGCACACUCGGUAGAUGUCGGUUCCUCUUAGCUUAGACCCCUGACCCCCACCGGACACCCACACACCGAGACACACACACACACACACAGAGACACACACACACACACACACACAACCAGCAAACUCUGUUCAGAACAGAGUGGCUUUUUCAAGCUGCGGCGUGAAAAACCCGAAGGUGUAAAACAAUCCGUGGGGAAAGUUCACCGGACGUCCCCAGACAGGGCGAUGAAAUUUCAGAGUUUCACGUCCCGUCCCGCUUCCACACACCGGGGGCCACGGGCGAUGGUGAGGAUGGCAGGCGGCAGCCCGCGAGAACCAGAUGGGGGACCGGGGGCCCCGGGGUCCCGUUUCACCGUUUACUCUGGCGCUCCUGCGGGUUUCACGCAAGCGAACAGCAGAUUCCUGAACCGCCGGCUCGAGGACGACAGGGUACCGUGGACCUUGUGUGGGUCUCACCAGCAAUCGACCCGCAGGCCUGGCCGGAGCCCCGCCCGCUCGCCGCACACUCCACAUAAGGUCGUCGUCCUGGGGGUCCCUGCCAUCGCUUCACUCAAACAGCUUCCGGCACCCUCCCACCUCAGAUCCGGUACGACGGUACGACGCCGCAAACGGGCCCGGCGCUCCGACACAGUCAUUCGCCAGCAUUGUGAUGUCACCAGAGCUCCGUCCAAUCAGAGGCAGUACACUGUGAGACCGGAAUCCUCCUGCCGCCGCCCCGGGACUUUUCAUAAUCAGGUGCUAAAAUACGUCCUUUGCGGUCGGUGUUGGGGGCGCGGCCCAGAGUGGGCGUCGGCUACGUGUCACCGUGAGGAACAAAUGUGUGUUUGAACUGUUGGAACAGGCGAAGGCCAACGGUCUGACGCCGGGUUCCCCGAGAUGAAACGUGCGCUCCGUUCUCGGCGCGAGCAGCGUUAGUACCGCGCCGCCGCGGGGUGUCCGACGCUCUCCGGUGAAAGGAGAACCAAUGUGCCGUAAUUAAUUCAACAUCGAACAUGAUUUAUGAGAGCAACACCUGUUCUGAAAUUUCACUUCCCAGAAUGCCCCUGGGGAGCGGCUUGCCAUUGUGACCGCGGCGAUCAUCGAUGCCAAAUGUUUGUUGCCGAGAUUUAUUCCCAACACAAGUGAAACGACCUUGUCACUAAAAAUAAGCCUCGGAAUCUAUCAGUAUUAUAAUUUAUUCCUGCGUAUGACCGUAAUGUAAUUGUUGCUCAAUUGAUGAGUCGGGAAUUGAAACGGGAACCGGAGAGGGAUCGUCUCGCGAGUCGUCGCCAAAACUGAUUGCACCGAAUUGAAUAUUUUUGGCAAAGCCGAGCCGCGUCCGACCGCCGAAGGAACGUCACCGUCGUCGUUUGCGGCUCCUCUCGCGGACCGCGUCGAGGGGUCGAAGGACUUCCUCGAGACUCGCAGCCGCCCCCCCCGACUCGCGCCCUCUCCCUCUCAGCUGCCCCCGCUUUUUAAUCCCGGAUGCCAAACAAAGAGCGGUGUAUCCCACCCCCGGCACCCCCUUCCCCCACUGGAGCGCUGGGGUUUCAUGCUGCUUUAAUUUGGGGUUCUUUGCGUCUAAUUGUUACACAUCUCAGCGCUCUCUUUUUCAGGCCGCGGUCCUUGCGCACG